CAAGCCAGUGUUUCCCCUGAUCCAUUCAUUCCAUAUAUUUCCUCAAUCACGAAAAACAAAUCCUUACUAAACUUAGAUCAAACGACAACAGAAGAAGCCGAUUCAAUCUUCUGAUAAUUCGAUUCAGAACGCCAUUUCUGUAAGCAAUCGAAUAUGGUUGUUUCGGUUUCUCGGACGGGAAGGAAUUUGCAGCGCUACAACAAAGGUCACCGCCUCGUCGUAGGAUGCGUGCCUUACAGAUUCACCAGAAAUGGCGGUGAGGUGGAGGUCCUGAUGAUAAGUUCACUGAAGAAAGGCCGAGAAACAAUGAUGUUUCCAAAGGGAGGCUGGGAGCUGGAUGAAUCUAUUGAAGAAGCAGCUUCCCGUGAAUCUUUUGAAGAAGCCGGAGUUGUUGGCCUUCUUGAGAGUGAGUUGGGGAAAUGGAGAUUCAUGAGCAAGAGCCGGGCAAUCCAUCACGAAGGCUACAUGUUCCCUUUGCUGGUCACAGAACAACUUGAUCUCUGGCCCGAGAAGAAUAUGCGAACAAGAGCCUGGAUGUGCGUUGACGACGCUAGAGAAGUUUGCAAACAGAUUUGGAUGAAAGAAGCAUUGGAUAUGUUAGUUGACAGACUCAAAUGUGAUAGCCUUAGUAGGGAGGCAUCACCAAGGAAUAGUUCAGCUCUGUAAAGAUCUCUAUAGUAGAUAGGCCUAAAUAGAAGCAAUGUUUACAAGUCUACUUCUUUUAUUUCUGUUUCUACUUCUUUUCUUAAUAAGUUAAUUUCUUGUGGAAUUAAAGUUUUGUACAUAUGACAGUUUUACAUAGAAUGUUUUUAACUAGACUGAAAUUUUCUAACAUGUAUGAUUUGGUAUGGUCUGUUUUAGUCCGAUUGGGUCUAUUUUGAACGGGUCACUUCUAUAUAAAUUGGUCUUGUGUGAUAUGACAGGAAUAAAUAUUUUUUAAUAUAAAAGAGCGGUUUUUAUAAAAAUUUCGAGAAAGCAUACAAGACAACUUUCAAACAGUUGUUAAAAUCCUAUCGUCAGACUUAGGAAUAGACAUAGAGUCAAACGCCUCAUACAAAGCGAUCUGGCUCAUUAUACACAAAACAAACCAUUUUAAGCUUAAAACAAUCAAAACCAAAUAUCUAGAUAUCUAAACCAAACCUACUCGAAUAAAAACAAAAACAAGUACUACUAAAGUAAAAAUAACAUUCGAAUAAAGCAUUUUCACAUAACUCUUCUUGACACGGAGGUGGUUUUGGAGGAGAACGAGUUGCUUCAAUAUGAGUGAAAACUAAAUUCUUCUUAUUUCGUAGGAUCUUUUAUGGGUUGAUGUGUUUAGGAUGUGAAUAAAGCAAUAUGAAAGCAAAAGAAAUAACAAGAAAGGAAAAUGAGGUAAAAUAUACCAAGUUCUGUUAUGGAUUUAGAACAAUUACAGCACACCCUUACCGAAUUCGAAUUUCAACCCUCAAUUCUACACUGAGAGAAGUCUAAGCUAUUAAAUGCAACUUUGUCAACUCUUUACAAUGAAAUAAAUGCAAGUAUUUGUACUAUAAGGUAAUAGGUGUUAGGGGUGAACAAAAAAAUCAAAAAACCAAAACUGACCGACCGACUAAACAAAAAACCGACAAAAACCAAAGCCGACAAAAACACUAAAACCGAAACCAACCGAAAAACACUAAUUCUUCGGUGAUUCGGAUAUGGUUUCUAAUUUCUAUUUUUG